AUGACUACUUCUGCUCUUCCUGAUUCCUCAAAGAAGAAGAGACAAAGACAAAGUGCUAAUAAAGCCGAGUCUGAAGAAGAGUCUGAAGAAGAGUCUGCUCCUCCUGUUGUGGUUUCAGAACCGAUGAAGCUUCCUCUUGUGACUGCUUCUUCUCUUCCUAUGGCUGCUUCUGCUCUUCUUGAUUCCUCAAAGAAGAAGAGACAAAGUGCUAAUGAAGCCGAGUCUGAAGAAGACUCUGAAGAAGACUCUGAAGAAGAGUCUGAAGAAGAAUCUGCUCCUCCUGUUGUGGUUUCAGAACCGAUGAAGCUUCCUCUUGUGACUGCUUCUUCUCUUCCUAUGGCUGCUUCUGCUCUUCCUGAUUCUUCAAAGAAGAAGAGACAAAGACAAAGUGCUAAUGAAGCCGAGUCUGAAGAAGAGUCUGCUCCUCCUGUUGUGGUUUCAGAACUAAUGAAGCUUCCUCUUGUGACUGCUUCUUCUCUUCCAAUGGCUGCUUCUGCUCUUCCUUCUUCCUCAAAGAAGAAGAGACAAAGACAAAGUGCUAAUGAAGAGUCUCCUGCUUCUUCAAAACGUGGCAAGGUGGUUGUGGGGACUCAGUUUGGUUCUGUAGCCUCGGUGAAUAACAUAGAGGGAACGAAGAAAGCUGAGGAAUUGAAGCGAAAGGCUAGAGCUGAUAGAUUUGAAAGAGACUAA